CAGAAGCAUUUCCAGGUUCUAAACAAUCCUCAACUACUUCCUCAAUUUCUACACGCCUCUCUCUCUUUCUCGUCCUUUCACCUAGAAACCCAUUAUUUUCUGCACUCAAUUUGACCCGGUGAGAACAAUACGAAAGAAAUAUAUUUCCGGAGUCUUUGACAAACGACCAAAUUCAUCCAAAACAACCCAACAAUCUUCCCCAGUACCAUUACAACCCCAACAUCUCAUAAAACUCUCUCUCUCCCAAAAUAUAUUUCUCCUCUCUAAAUCAGUAAUCCUUCUAUCGCAUACACAUUAGAUAUUAGAGAUGUCGUCAUGCCCUUCAAACUCUAUUGUUUUCAAUGACAGCCUCUGUGCGUGUCCUCCCGGUCAGCUCCUGAAUCGAACCGCCAAAAAUUGCAUCCUCUUCGUGGCCGAUUCCACCAUUGUCACCGACUCCGGCGUUGAGUACUCCAUUGGCUUCCCGGCGAGAUUCUUCGACUUCGACUCCAUCAGGAAGUUCACUCAGUCCCAGGCUGUUUUCCUCGAGGCCACACUGGUCAUGCUGCUCUCCUGGCUCUGCUUCUGCUUCUUCAUGCGGUGCAUGAAGCUUGGGGAUGGCAGAACCGUCUGGUUCAAGAUUAGGUGGUGGAUUAGCAGACUGGACAUUUGCUUUUCCACUAGGCAUUGGCUGAAUGACCAGAAGGUAGUUGUGAAGCGGAAGACAGAACUCGGUGGAAUGUUUUCAAUAGCAAGUUGGAUAGUCUUCAUUGGUUUGUUCGCUGCGUUGCUCUACCAAAUAAUAUCAAAGAGAUCUGUUGAGGUGCACAAUAUCAGAGCAACAAAUGCACCUGACUUAGCCUCCUUUGUCAAUGACAUGGAAUUUAAUAUCACCACUCUUUCUAGUAUGAGCUGUUCUCAGUUACGUAAUCUUGAUACUUUGGUUAUGGGGAAUCCUGGCUCUUUCGACCAAAGAUUUGCUUCUCUCUCAGAAUUUGCAAAUUACUCGUGUCAUAACACAAGUCAGGGGCCAACUAUAACUAUUAGGUGUAGCAGUUGCAAAUUCAUCCAAGACAAUUUGUACCUAUCUUGGCACUUCAUUGAUCUUCCCAAUAAUCCUGCAACUGCUGUUGGAUUCCGGUUCAACCUUACUGCUAGGAAUCAAAAUAACAAGAAACAUGUGAGCUUUGUAUGUGGGACAGUAAAAAAUGGAAGCAGUGUUGAUGAUAAACCAGUAACAUUCAGAGGGAGGGUUUCAAACAUUUUGAAAUUCAAUUUAUUUCCGCGGAUUUACCAUAAUCUACAUGAUCUGAGGCUCAUGCAGCCUCUAUUUCGUGAAUUUCUCCCUGGUUCAUCAUUUCAUGAAACUAGUCUGCUCCAUGCCUCGCUUCAAAACUCCAAUGAUGGGCUAAUCAACAUCACAUUGUCUAUAAACCUUCUCUCUGCCUAUAUUGUUGAGAUCAGCAAUCAAAAUAUGGGGGGUCCAGUAAGCUUCCUCGCAGAUCUUGGUGGUCUAUAUUGCAUCAGCUUUGGCAUUUUUUUCUAUCUUUUGGUGCAAUUCGAGUACAGGAUAAAAAGACUCCGUAAUGAAGACAGCAUUUUGCGUAAGAUUAGAAAUCGGCGAAAGGCUCAAGACCGCUGGAAUAAAUUGAGGAAAUAUGUAAUGUACACUUGGGGCCGUGGUACAUUGGACUACAAUAGUCCUAAAGAGAAAUCAAGUUGUGGUGGUGUUAUGGUUCAAUUAGCUCGCAGAAACCGAUCGUCACUCAAGCAUAGCCAACCAAAAAAAUGGGAUUCUAUCACUUUCAACAAUAAACAUAGCUUGCCUAGUGAGCCUGUAAAACGUGAAGUUCUCGGCUCCACAAAUGUUGUGAAACAACAUUCUGUCGGUUCAAGUGAGGGAGUUUCCUCCGAGGCUCAAGCAUUUUUGGUUGCAGAUGAUAUCAUUACCCCACCACCUAUACUAGAAUUGAAGCCUAGUUCUGAAAUGGAUAUGUCUGAUGUCCACGAGAAUCUCAGAAGUUUAUACGAGUAUAAUGUCAUGCUGAGGGAAAAGCUCGUGGCUACUCAAAGUUUGCUUAAUGUUUUGGCCAUGAAGUCUUCAUCUCCUGUAACAGAGAACAAAACAUAGCAUUUAGCAUAUAGGAUUCCUUGUUGCUUCCGUCACUCAAAACUCUCACCAGAAGUAGUGGAGUUUUUUCUGCAGAUCACCUUUGCCUUUGGAACCUAAAAAGCUGGAGUUAUCAUCAAAUGACCUUGGUGUAUAUAUACCGCGAGCAGCUGUAGAGGUGAGUCUAAGUCUAACCCCUUUUUGUCAUAUCCAAGGCCACUGCUUAGUGAAGGACUGAUCGGUGACUUUUAAAGGGAGAGGAUCACUCCGCGAGGACAUAUCCCUUGAUAUGAUUGUUUGGGUGGUUUUCCUUUUUACUUGGUGACAUUCGCCGAUGGCUGCGAAAUUGAUAUUGUUUAUUGACUACUGGUAUAAAGGCAUUUAAUUGCAAAAACGAAUAUGCCCUGCAGCGUGUACCAUGAUUUCCAGGUUGUAGUUUUUUCAGAUUUUGCUUGAACAGCAAAGAAGGAAAGUGGGGGCAGAAAUAAUGUGUAUUGGCUUGUAUGAUUGUUUCCAUAGACCUUAAAUUUGUUGAUUCUUUAAAUGGGAGUAUUGUCUUA